AUGAGUAACGACCAGCCGGCGAAGCAUCUGGCGCACAGCCACGCCCAUGAAGAAGACAUCCCGGGGACAGUCAACCUCCGGGCGGCGGAGGGCGACGACACUGGCUAUGGCCAGGCACUGUUCCCCGUUCCGGCCGAGGACCCCAACGAUCCAUUGCAAUGGGGCAACACCAAGAAGACGCUGAUACUGGUCACAUGUGCCCUGUAUUCUUUUCUUGGCAACACUGCCCUCCUUGGGCCAGCGGUUUAUAUUGGGAUAUACUCCCAAGAAUUUGGCAUCUCGCCCAACACCGCGUCUGGGCUGAUCAGCUAUGCCAAUCUCGUUUUUGGCUUUGGCUCUCUCCUACUAGUUCCAAUGUAUCGAAAAUUCGGACGUAGACCCGUGAUGCUCUUCUCCCUGCUGUGCUAUUGCGGCGGCCUCAUCGGCGCGUCCCAGGCCACGUCUUACGGCGGGCUCAUGGCCGCACGGAUAGUUCACUCCUUCGGCUCCGGUGUCUGCGAGGCCCUACCAGUUCAGUUGGUGAACGACAUUUUUUUCCUGCACGAACGAGGCCAGCGGCUAGGAUACUACACCUUUGCCCUCUGCCUCGGUGCCACUGGCCCGCUGUUCGCGGGCUACAUGCUGAACGGCGGCUACUCGUGGCGCCUCUUCUUCUACGUCGAGAUCGCCUUCGGGGUGGCGCUCCUGAUAUUCGCCUUCUUCGUGGUCGAGGAGACGACCUACCACCGCAAGCUGACGCAGGACUCGUCGGACGGGCCCGAGGACGCGGAGAAGACGUCGGUGGUCGAGAGGAGCGUCACGGCUCGCUCGAAUCUGCCGCCGCGGAAGACGUACUUGCAGACUCUCAAAUUCUGGGGUGUGUGGGAGCAUGACUCGGAGUUCUUCCUGAUGAUGGCUCGGUCGUUUACGUAUUUCCUCGUCCCACACGUGUUCUGGGUGGUCACGACUUAUGGCAUCAAUAUUGGCAUUGGAGCUCUGACAUUCAACUAUAUCAUGCCGAUCAAGGUGACAUCUCCGCCAUACAACUGGUCUCAGCUCAACUCUGGGCUGGUGUCGGUCGGGACAGUAAUCGGCUACUGCGCGGCCCUCCCCUUCACCACCUCGUCCGACCGCCUGGCCGCCCGCCUGACCAAGAAGAACAACAUGGUGCGCGAGGCAGAGAUGAGGCUGGGCGUAUGCCUCCCCGCGAUGCUGAUCGCCCCUGCCGGGCUGGUAGUGUUUGGCUUCACGGCGGAGCGGAACCUCCACUGGGUGGGGUACUUCGCCGGCGUCAUCAUGUCUUCGUGGUCCAGCUACUUCUACUUCACAUUCGUGCUCAGCUAUGCGCUGGACAGCUAUACCGCGAACACGAGCGAGAUGCUGAUCGCGAUGAACCUCGGGAAGCAGGCGAUCAGCUUUGGGAUGGGCCUGAAUCUUCUGGAGUGGGUGCAGGAGCACGGCUAUGCUGUGAUGAUAUCCGGCGUGUUCGGUGGUGUGCUCCUGCUCAACCAGCUGGCCCUGAUCCCUUUCAUGCUGUAUGGUAAGAGUAUCCGGGCGUACAUGGCGAGGACAUGGCUGGCGAGGAUCCAUAAGGAUAGCGUGAGGGAGGUCAUGACCGCGUGA